UUUGGGGCCUUAGUGGAAGGGAUUUAGGUCAUUGGGAAUGUGCCCUUGGAGGGGAUAUUGGAAUUCCCACCGCUCCUCUUUCACUUUGCAUUCUGUCUGUCCUGCUAUGCACAGAUUUCCUUGCCAUGUGUGCCCAUCAUGAUCUAGUGUGCUGCCACAAACACAAAGCAGUGAAUACAAGUGACCAUGCACUGAAACCUCUGAAACUGAUUUCAGCUACUGAUGUUACAAAAAAUAAAAUAUUGGAGCACAGAAUUGAAAAAAUAUAAACUAGGUUUUUCUUCAAUUAGUUAAAAAUAUGGAUCCUGAGUCAGAUGGCCCACAUAUGGUCAAAGUGACGCCUCUUCAGCAAAUGCUCGCCUCUUGCACUGGAGCUAUCUUGACAACACUAAUGGUGACGCCACUGGAUGUUGUGAAAAUUCGACUCCAAGCCCAGAACAACCCAUUCCCCAAAGGAAAAUGUUUUGUAUAUAGUAAUGGACUCAUGGAUCAUAUGUGUGUCUGUGAAGAGGGGGGCAACAAAGUAUGGUAUAAGAAGCCAGGAAACUUCCAGGGAACACUGGAUGCCUUUCUGAAAAUCAUUCGAAAUGAGGGCAUUAAGUCCCUGUGGAGUGGCCUUCCUCCUACUCUAGUGAUGGCAGUUCCUGCCACUGUUGUUUAUUUUACCUGCUAUGAUCAAUUAACUGCUGUUCUGAGAUCCAAAUUAGGAGAAAAUGAAACUCGAAUACCAAUUAUUGCUGGAAUUAUGGCCAGAUUUGGUGCAGUAACUGUGAUAAGUCCAUUAGAGUUGAUUAGAACCAAGAUGCAGUCCAAGAAGUUUUCUUACAAGGAACUAUAUCAGUUUCUCAGCAAGAAAGUAUCAGAAGAUGGCUGGAUUUCCCUUUGGAAGGGCUGGGCUCCUACUGUUCUUAGAGAUGUACCUUUCUCAGCAAUGUACUGGUAUAACUAUGAAAUUUUAAAGAAGUGGUUAUGUGAGAAAUCUGGUUUAUAUGAACCGACUUUUAUGAUCAACUUUACAUCAGGGGCAUUGUCUGGUUCUUUUGCAGCUGUUGCAACUUUGCCAUUUGAUGUCGUAAAAACACAAAAGCAGACACAACUUUGGACAUAUGAAAGUCAUAAAAGUAAUAUGCCUUUGCUGUUUUAUCAUCUCUCAACCUGGGUUAUAAUGAAGAACAUUGUUGCUAAAAAUGGAUUUUCUGGAUUAUUUGCAGGUCUGAUUCCUCGCUUAAUUAAAAUUGCUCCUGCUUGUGCCAUUAUGAUCAGUACAUAUGAAUCUGGAAAGGCUUUUUUCCACAGACAAAAUGUUCAAAGGCAGCAAUUCUAGUGAUGCAGUUUCAGCCUAAAAUAAGAACCUCAGCCAAUUAAGAUGGAGACUCUUAGGCAAGAGCUUUUUCAUUCUUACUCUGUUAAAAUUAUUUUAUGUCUUUCUUUCGUAUAAUUAAAAAAAUUUUUUUUAAAUUUUUUGUGGU